CCCUUUAGACCUCUGGGCGUCAGAUGGUCCUGUUUCAGUCUCUACUUUUCUUUAUUCUUCCUAAGGGCUUCAGACUUCAGCAGGCCUGCUCUCAUCCUCCUUGUCCUAUAGUACAUUAUCCAGCCAGUUGCAAACCCUACUAUUUCAGAGGAAAGAUCUGCCAUCCAGCCUCUCUGUGUCAUCUAGGACCAUCUUAGGUGCUCCUUCAUUAGAGCGUGUGGUGGUUGGGUAUUAGGGGAUUGAAGGAAGAAGAAUAAACUGAUGAAAAAGGGAUGACAGAGAUAGGAAAUACAGGAAUGGGCAGGGAAACAGGAGUAACAGACUGGGAAUAUGGGGAUGGUAGCAGAGGAAUGGGAACUGGGCUUUUCCUUCAUCUGAACAUCUUUGUGAUUUUCAUCAGGAACCCUAUGACCCCUAAACCAAUUGCCCUCUUCUGGUCUGUAGGCCGUGUCCAGUUUCCAGCAGGUUGAAGGAAUUGAGAGUGGCCGGGGGAAAUGUCCUUUUGGACCCGCUCAGCGGUCAGCAGCUGUAAUGGCUGAGGGGGUUCUCUAUGCUGCCACUGUGAGAAACUACCUGGGAACGGAGCCGAUUAUCUCCCGGGCUGUGGGCCGUGCUGAGGAUUGGAUUCGGACAGAGACCUUGCCAUCCUGGCUUAACGCUCCAGCCUUUGUCGCAGCCAUGGCCUUGAGGCCAGCUGAGUGGGGGGAUGAAGACGGAGACAAGGAAAUCUACUUCUUCUUUACGGAGACUUCUCAAGCCUUUGACUCAGACGAGCACCUUAAAGUUCCUCGGGUGGCCCGUGUGUGUGCGGGGGACCUUGGAGGCCGGAGGACGCUCCAGCAGAGGUGGACGACCUUUCUGAAGGCCGACCUGCUGUGUCCAGGGCCUGUAGAUGGCCGGGCCUCUAGUGUCCUGCAAGACAUGUCUAUUCUUCGACCUGAGACUGGAGUGGGGGCCCCCAUCUUUUAUGGCAUCUUUUCCUCCCAGUGGGAGGGGGCUGCCAUCUCGGCUGUCUGUGCAUUCCGACCACAAGACAUUCGGACAGUGCUGAAUGGUCCCUUCAGAGAGUUGAAACAUGACUGCAACAGGGGAUUGCCUGUCAUGGACAAUGAGGUACCCCAGCCCAGACCUGGAGAGUGCAUCGCUAAUAACAUGAAACUCCAGCAGUUUGGCUCCUCACUCUCCCUGCCUGACCGUGUGCUCACCUUCAUCCGGGAUCACCCCCUCAUGGACAGGCCAGUGCUUCCAGCUGAUGGCCACACCCUGCUGGUCACCCUAUACCCUCACUACCUUUUAUGCCUUUGCUGUUUCUCUGCAGAACACCCAGUAGUGUUUGAAGUUCUUGUGGCUACAGCUGUGCAUGUGGUCUUGCCAUGUUCCCCAAGCUCAGCUUGGGCAUCCUGUGUGUGGCACCAGCCCAGUGGAGUGACUGCUUUUACCCCCCGGAGGGAUGGGCUUGAGGUGGUGGUAAACCCAGGGGCCAUGGGUGCUUAUGCUUGUGAAUGUCAGGAGGGUGGGGCUGCCCGCGUGGUAGCAGCUUAUAGCUUGGUAUGGGGCAGCCAUCAGGGCCCCUCAAGCCGGGCCCACACUGUGGGGGCUGGACUGGCUGGCUUCUUUCUGGGGGUUCUUGCAGCAUCGCUGACUCUCCUUCUGAUUGGUCGACGUCAGCAGCGAAGGCGACAGAGGGAACUUCUGGCUAGAGACAAGGUGGGCUUGGACCUGGGGGCGCCGCCAUCUGGGACCACAAGCUACAGCCAGGAUCCUCCCUCUCCCUCUCCUGAAGAUGAGCGGCUGCCCCUGGCUCUAGGCAAGAGGGGCAGUGGCUUUGGUGGCUUCCCUCCACCUUUUCUGCUUGAUCCUUGCUCAAGCCCAGCCCAUAUUCGGUUAACUGGGGCUCCUCUGGCCACAUGUGAUGAAACAUCCAUCUAGGGCUGGGUGAGUGACCACUAGUGCAUGACUGGCCACUGGAGUGGUGUGACCAUUGAGAUGUUGGGGUCACUGGGCCUGGAAAACCAUCAUGGCCUCUGAGUUCUCUUUGUCCUUUGAGUGAUCACUUGACUUCAGUGUCAGCCCUCUCUGGCCCUAGAUGGGUUCCAGGCCAGGCCUUUGUCUGUGUCCUGAUUCCUGAUUCCCAUGAGAGAUCAGAACUUCUCUCUGCAGUGAAUCAGGGCUUUUCCCACACCUGCUCUCUGAACUCCAGUAACCCCUUCAGUCCUGUCCCAUUAUUUUGGGCCCAUAAAUUUGGGGAGGGGCAUAGAACAUAGCUGUGAUUUUGCCUUCUGGUUGGACCCUGGCCAAAUGGAGGAGCUAUGGAGGUGGUUGGAAGCUAAUGUGCACUGAGUCCUUGGAGUGGUUUUGCUCAUUCUUCCAGUUAGUCUAAUUCUCUGUGGAGAGUGCAUGACCCCCCUCCACCUCACUUUUCCUUCUUCCAUGAAAGAGCAUGUGUGUAUAUAUGAGUGUUCAUAGGACACUUGCCAAAUGUGCAUGAAUGAUGGGGCUGUUGCUCAGGUGUAUUCAUCGGGGUAAGGAGGGGUAAGGUUGGGGUGGGGGGGUUGACUGCAGAACUUUAUACCCUAUAGCCAGUGAAGGAAUGGCUUUCUAAAAGGAAAUAAACAACUGCCCCCACUCCUCCAAUCACUUCUCACAACCCUUCUCUUGAGUUGAGAAACACUCCCAAAGAGGCCUUCUGGGUGGGAAGGGUAGCAGUACAUGUGACCCCAUAUUUCAGUUUUUUUUUGCCUCCUGGC